CGCAAUGCAACGAUUAUUGAGGCCUUGGUUAUGCCUACUGCUAUUGGCAGUGUUCAUUGCAGCAGUUAAAGCCCAAAACGAUGGUCGAUACAGACCGCCAACAAGGCCACCGACAAGGCCAACACCGAAAUCCGAUGGUCGUUAUCGCCCGGCAAACGAUGGAAGAUAUCGUCCCGCUGGCGAUGGUAAAUAUCGUGGUGGCAAUGAUGGCAAAUAUGUCCAUAAGGACGUAAAAUAUGUUCACGAUGAUCGUCCUGGAGGAUUAUAUUCGGGUGAUGCCAAUCCCUAUCAGCCGGAUAAAAAUCGAUUUGGUCCUGGUGGUGGUGGAGGCGGAGGUAGUGGUGGCGCUGGAGCUGGUUCUGCCAAUGCUGCUGCAAAUGGCGGAAAUACAGCUAGUGGAUCAGGAGUUAAAAAACCAUCAUCGGGAAGUGGAGGAAUUUUGGCUGCAGCUGUAACUGCAAAACCAUUGCCCAAGGGUAAAGGUAGUGGUGAGGGGAAAAAUGGUUGGGCCAUCAUACGUUUGGAAGACAAGGUCGAAGAGGAUGGUUAUCAUUACUUGUAUGAAACUGAAAAUGGUAUUUUAGCAGAGGAAAAUGGACGCAUUGAGGCCCUUCAAACUGAUCCUGGUCUUCGCUCUAAGGGAUUUUACGAAUAUACCGGUGAUGAUGGUAAUCUAUAUCGAGUAGAAUAUACUGCCGAUGAUAAUGGUUUUGUGCCACAAGGUGAUCAUUUGCCAGAGGUUCCACCACAUAUACCUAAAUUAUUGGCUUAUUUAGCCGCAAAUGCUUCAAACAAAAAGUAA